AUCUUUGCUGGGCUAAUGUGUGACCGGAAGAGCUCCAGAAGGCACGCAGGGAAGAGGGAGUCAUCUUCUCGAUCGUCUGAGUCAGGGUCGCGAUCAACAGAUGCCACUGCAGCCGUAGAAGUGCCCAUAGCCCUCCCAGAUGUGAAGGAGUUUCUUGCCAAAGCCAAAGAGGAUUUCCUUAAAAAAUGGGAAAAUCCAGCUCAGCAAACAGCAGCGUUGGACCACUUUGAGCGCCUGAAGACCUUAGGGACCGGGUCGUUUGGUCGAGUCAUGCUGGUCAAACACAAAGAAACAGGCCAGCAUUUUGCCAUGAAGAUACUUGACAAACAGAAGGUAGUGAAGCUGAAGCAGAUAGAGCACACACUGAAUGAGAAGCGGAUCCUACAGGCUGUCAGCUUUCCUUUCCUGGUGCGACUGGAGCACUCGUUUAAGGACAACAGUAAUCUAUACAUGAUAAUGGAAUAUGUCCCUGGAGGUGAAAUGUUCUCACACUUAAGGAGAAUUGGUAGAUUCAGUGAACCACACGCCCGCUUCUACGCAGCUCAGAUUGUACUGACCUUUGAAUACCUUCACUCACUGGAUCUCAUUUAUCGAGAUCUAAAGCCCGAGAACUUGCUUAUUGACCAGCAAGGUUAUAUCCAGGUAACAGAUUUUGGCUUUGCCAAAAGAGUUAAAGGCAGAACCUGGACACUUUGUGGAACACCGGAGUACCUGGCCCCAGAGAUUAUCCUCAGUAAAGGUUACAAUAAAGCCGUUGACUGGUGGGCUCUGGGAGUGCUAAUCUAUGAAAUGGCAGCUGGUUAUCCUCCUUUCUUCGCAGACCAGCCUAUUCAGAUCUAUGAGAAGAUCGUAUCAGGAAAGGUUCGCUUCCCGUCCCACUUCAGCUCAGACCUUAAAGACCUGCUGAGAAACCUGCUCCAGGUGGACCUGACCAAGCGCUUCGGAAACCUCAGGAAUGGAGUCAAUGAUAUCAAGGGCCACAAGUGGUUUGCCACCACCGACUGGAUCGCCAUCUACCAGAGGAAGGUGGAAGCUCCCUUUAUCCCUAAGUGCAAAGGCCCCGGCGACACAAGCAACUUUGAUGACUACGAGGAAGAGGAAAUCCGAGUCUCCUUCACAGAAAAAUGUGCGAAGGAGUUUGCUGAGUUCUAGGUCCAAACCGCGAGCAGUGGAGAGCUACUGAGACACAGAGAUUUAGAAAGGGUACUGGGGUGGGAAGUGCUAGCGUGGACUGCUAACUUGCUUAUUUGUAAUGACGACAACAACAAUGUAAACCCCUCCCCCCCCAGGUGGAAAUGUAGGCUAAGUGCAGAAAGAUCUAACAGAACCAGCAGUGUUGCCUUUUCUAAUUGUUUCACAACUGUUACUUAUUCAUUUUAUUUAUCCCUCUUGUAUUUGUGGCAGGGGCUUGACAAAGACAGGCGUAGUGGGUCGUGGAUGUUCAGUAAUGCUUGUAUCUCUCUGAUGGCGUAAUGACAUGUCUCUUGAGUUUAUUCGCAGGUUGGAGGCUUUGAUUUUUGUAUUAAGGUACUGGAUCUGCGACGCUGCUGUGUUUGUGAAUGGGCUCCUCCUCUCGUUACAAAAACAAGUGAUUGAUUGUCAGCAUUUUCACCCCGGUUACCCCUAGUCCAUCUCCUCCAUCCACAAUCUGUCCAAGCAAUACCAAGUCCAACAGAUGUGCCUAUCGCAAUGCCUCCUCAUUGGAAAAAAGAAAAAGUGGGGAGAGAUUUGGUGCAGUUUUGGCUACUUUUGGAUCCAGUUUGACCGAGGAUUUGCACCUGCCUUUAUCUGCUCGAUGUGGCAUGAUGUUUGGGUAGAUGACGCGCUCACUGUUUACUAUGAAAGCAGUGAAGGUGAGGGUCUAUUACAGCUCAUUUUUAAUAGGUCUUAAUCCUAAAUGCGAUGGUGAGGUCUGCAUUAAGUCUCUUAGCUGAAUUUAUUAGAGCAUUUUAAAAUCCUUUUGGUGAUCAUUUUGUCAUUUUAUGUCAGAUCUCUAUGUGCUCGUGUGUUAUUUAGUGCUCAAGGGUGGGGUCAUCAAAGGUUAAAUGGCUGGGAUUCUGCAGCCAUGAAUAUUGUGGUCACACUCCUGACAAUUGUUUAUUUAUCAUAGUACAUUUAUACAUGUAUAUUGAAAUAUAUAUAUAUGAUAGAUUACAUUAAAUAAUCAUCUAUCUUUUCAGCUUUGUCUCAUGGCUGUGAAAUUUAAUUAAGAUAUAAUGAAAAAGUUGUUAUAAAAUUCUGCCAAAUUUGCAAAACAAGAGCAGUUUUCUGUGUGGAGAAUUUUAAUACAUAAAAAGUAGCAAAAUGUUUCAACAAAAUGUAUGUGUUAUUUUUGUACAAUAUCAUGUUCAAGAAAGAUUGCCGAGCAUUUUGCUUUAUAGUGCUGAGGUACCCGGGGUUGUCAAUAACAUCAUAAAUACAGUUUAAAUGUUAAGGCUGUUUUGGCUUUGGUCAUUACCCAAAAGAGGGCAACAAUUUGCUGAAAUUUGUCACAAUUACAGAGCUUGCUUUAUUUUCUCUUUUUGUAAAUAUCCUCUUGCAACAACUUCAGAUUUGCAAUCCAACCAAAUUGUUUGAUUUCUUAUUGUUUUAUUGUUAAAUUUUAACUGACCUAAAAUUCCCCCUUUUGACAAGUAGAUUUUUCGUGAGUGCAAGACAAUCGCAGACCAAAUCUUGAGGCUGGUUUGUUGACUGAAAUGUUUUGAUGAAGGAUGCUUUGGUCCCCUCCUCUUCGUAGGCCCUAGGUGCUAUAUACUUUGUCCAUUUCAUGUUGAUGCUUUUUGUCAGUUAUUUGGUGUGCAUUGUUCUUUGUCAUAAUGUCUUGUAACAUGACAAUUUUGAGAAUGUUUUGAUUCUAAAUGAUUUCAUUUGGGUGGGUACAUCUUAUUUUUUUGGUCUCUUGAUGUAACCUAGGUCAAUGCCAGGAUACUUAUUUUGAAUGUCUUAAAUCGUCUACAGAUUUUAGUGCUGUUUUUGAAUCAUAUUUCUGAAAUUAAGCAACCAAACUAACUGCAAGCAGGACUCUCCCUGGGCACGACAAAUUGAUGUUUCCGCAGCACGCACUGGCAGCGCUGUGCAACCUUUGAUUUGUCUGAGUGUUACAUAAAACCGUGGACUGCCAUCAACUUGUGUGGUCAUUUGCAAAUGGUAAAGCACAUGUCACUGUUUUAAUUUAUUUUGAAUCUAAACAAAGUACACCGCUUGACAAAGAGCACAUGUAUGUUUUUGUUCUGGCAAAUGAUUCGAUCACAGUUGGUGGUAUUGAGCCUUGAUCCACACCAGACAAUGUUAUAUUGUCGAUUUAAAAACAAGUCUGUAAAUUGUCUCUUAAUCAGUUAAAACACUAUCAGCUGCUCUGUGCUUGUCUCCUGUUUUUGCCUUCUUCAAUCAUGUUUUCCACACACUGUUCAUUAAAACAUAACACUUUUUACAUCUGAAA